AUGAUGCGUGGAAUAGAUAUAGCAGUGAUCGAAGGACCGGAGAUGGUAUCCACUAGAGCUGGGGACGGAGGCAAUCCUCCGGAGCUGUACCAAAUGAAACAGUACUAUCCGGGUGCUCCGGGCCUACCCGAAAAUCAGACGCUGAAGUUGCUACGCAUGAGCUUUCCGGGUAUGGGUGUGUGGGAAAGCUAUUUCUUGCCCGUCUCAGAGUUCGUGCCAGGCGACGUGUCUUGCAGGGUGAAACCCAUCCUCACAAUGAACGAAAGGAUGGUUGACCCGGGGUUGAUAUCCUUCAGUCCACAGUCCGUUCGGGCGUGGCAGUACAACAGUGUCAGCGAUGGGCUUUGGAAUCCUGAUGGAAAGUCGAUGAAAGACUGGUACAAGUCUAUGCGAGAAAAGGGUGCCGAGUUGGUAAAACGAUACUAUCGAUUCCAGCCGCAAUUGUUCGAAAGGCCACAGAAGUGA